AUGUCGGCCAUAGCGACUAUCACAGACAUCGACACAGCCAUGCCUGCUCACAACCUCCCAGUGAAUGGCUCAGCGUCAGAGAACCCAGAUAACCCAGUGGCUGAGGCGACAGAGAACAAUGUAAUCUCUCCCCAAGACACGAUUAAGGAGACCGAGCCUCCUCGGAAGCCAUCGAGAAUACGUUACACGGCGUCCUGUUACAACCACAACGGUCAGAACUUUGACUACUCCCAGGAUGAGCCAUUUCCAUCCCAGGUUCCUCCGCACGACGAGAAAGCUAAGCCUGUAAUUGAGGUCGUCACCAACAUGAACGUUGGGCUCAAGGGUGACAUAAAGCAAUCCAUCGAAAGGAAUCACGAGAAUGGCAUGAUUCAGAAAGAAACAAUGAGCGACAAGGCCAUACGAGGAAUUGGAAGUUCUCGCAUCAUCGUUCAUUCCCCGCACUUGUCCGAGCUGAUCCGCGACGCCGUCGACUAUUAUCCGGGGCAAAAUCUGACCGGAGAGACCAUCACAAUCCACGAACCUUACGGAGUUCUGCUGCACAACUGGGAGAAAUUGGGCCAGAUCUAUGCUUCUCGGGAGGAUUCCCCGGAAUCGAUAAUGGAUGAACGACAGACCAAAAUUGAGCACUUGGGCGUGUUGCUUGAAUAUUUGGAUCCAAUCGUCAAAAGCAAGCUCGAACCCAUGCAGAGACGGCUGGGACAGGACUCGCCCACAACUACUUGGGAUGACCUAUGGUAUCUACUAAGACCUGGUUCGCAAACUUAUUGUAAGUGGGAUCACCAGUGGAUAGGUUGCAUCGUCGAAGAUGCCAAAAAAUGCGCCCCGGACGCAGAAGACAAUCUCCCAGAACGAUGGAAAGUGAAGAUUUGGUUCCUAGCGAUGCAUUGGUCUUACGGAACACUGGUCACUGUAACCAAGACCAUCGACAUCCCUAAGUUUGAAGGCGAGAAGAAGAUCGAACAGCUGGAUAUUUUCCCAGAGAAGUAUUCCAAGGGCGAGCGGAAGAGGGAAUUCGAGACUCGUGGUGAUCAGAUCUGUGACAUGCUCUGGAGGGGGUACGAAUAUGCCCAUUACGAUGGCGAGUUGAUGAUCUCGGCGCAUGUUGGAAGCAUCCAAGACCUGGUACAGGAGGAAGUACCUGAAGCAAUCGUUAGUGGUGAAAAGCUGAAGAUCAUCAAGGCUCUAGCCGAACGCCAAUUGACUGCGAAGCCCUGGUCAGCAGACUACAUCAAGAACAAGGGUGAAGGAGUCGUCAUCCUUCUUCAUGGACCUCCUGGCGUGGGAAAAACUUACACAGUUGAUGGCUAUGUUGCACUUCUGACAAGAUUAGAAUCGAUUGCUAUGCGGAAGAGGCAGCCAUUGAUCAGUCUCACAAUAUCUGAUUUACGCACCGAAGAUGCGUCUGUAGAAGAGGAACUGACUAGAUGGUUCAAGAUGGCCGACAAAUGGCGCGCCAUUCUUCUCAUAGAUGAGUGUGACGUCUUCCUCGAGCGGCGUGAGAAGAAGGACAUUGAGCGCAACGCAAUCGUCUCGGCUUUCUUACGAAAGAUAGAGUACUUUGGAGGUCUUCUGUUUCUCACAACCAACAGGGUCGGCCAUAUUGAUGACGCCUUCAUGUCUCGUGUCCACGCUGUCAUCGGCUUCGAUCCGCUCGAUGGUACGCGACGUGAAAAGAUUUGGGAUAGUCUGCUUGCGAAGCUCAACCGCGAGCGGAAGGGGGCAAUUCGCAUCAGCAAUGGCGCCAAGAAAUUCUUGAAGACACCCGAGGUGCUUGAGUACACGGAUUGGAACGGUCGUGAGAUUCGCAACUAUGAGGCUAAAGAUGCCUCGGACUACGACCAGACGCAGGAGAUCAUUGUGGAGGCUGAACACUUCAAAGAUGUGAUGGCAAUGAAUAAGUCCUUCCGGUCCUAUCUGGACAGCAUCAAGGAUCGUAAUGAGGGGGAGCGAGCGCAUUCAGCUGCGUGGAGGAAUGACUCUUGGAAUGCAGAAGAGAAGGGGAAUUAG